AUCAAUUUUAGCGCCGAUCCCGAGGCCUGAUUCGAGCUCCGAAUCCUUUCGUCACCAUUACCCCUUGUUCUACCUCAACGUUAUGGCUAGCCCUGGGAUAUUACACAACUCGGAUGUGCGUUCAAAAAACCAAGGUGUUAACACAAACAUGUCUGUACGAUGGCCGUCGACCAAACAACAUCUUAGCUCAAACUCGAGAGUGUGUGAUCGCUGUAUUCAGAAGAAAGUGAAAUGUGACUUGAAACGCCCAAAAUGUUCUAGGUGCCUCGAGGCCGGCACUUCCUGUAUAUAUUCCUCCCAAAGACGAAGACCUGGCCCAGCAAAAGGGACACGUCAAACUGGGAAUCGAGCUGCCGAUGAACCUUUAACAGAGGACGUUUUGCGCCAAUCUAUUCGCUUUGGACAAGACGGGAUCGCCUCUCUCUCACCGCCUGUCUCUGUAGUUGGACUGGCUCUCCAUCCAAGUCAUGUUUGUACUGGUGACUCGUCUGAUGUUUCGAUACCGUCGCUCGCAUCUCACGAUCCUGGUCCUGGUCUGGAUCCGUCAGGCCAAUACACGGCUCAACUCACUUCCCAAGAUCCUGUCCUUUCAACGGAGCAGGAAAUGGAAUUCUUCUUCAACCGUGUUCAACCUUCCGUUCGCUUGUUCAAGGAAGAUGAAUUCCUCCACCAGUACAGUGCCGGAGUGAUCAGCAGAUCUUUGCUUCUCACAAUAUUCCUUUUAAGAGCCAAAGUUCUAGCCGACCACUCCUACUGGAGCGCCGCUCAAGUUGACAAUCGUUUGGGUCAGUUGCUGGACGCUGAUUGUAUUGAGUAUCAGAAGUUCCGCGAUCCGUUUGCUCUGGAUAAUUUCCGGCAGUCGAUUCUACUAUCUUUUUAUGCGUUCCACGAAUAUCCUGGCCAAAAAGGAUGGACGAGGAUUGGCUAUUUAACGCGCAAGGCUCUUCAGUAUGGACUCCACCAAAUUGAUAACCACGAUCGGCAUGCACCAUUUGAUAGCAGUCUAAUUGGAGUGGACGACCUUGAUGAUUGGAGGCGCGCUUGGUGGUGUAUUUACUGCCUCGAUUCCUACUCCAACAUCACAGCUGCUACGCCUUUCGUGGUGGAGGCUGAGAGCAUUAAAACGGCUUUGAUUACAAUAUCUUCAACAUCACCUACGUCGGAUCCCCACCAAGUUCUAUGUUAUUUGCCUGUCGAUAUUGGGUCUAUCUGGGGAACGGUUAAAGAUGUCGGCCAUGGUGAGGAAAUGAUUUCGAACAUGCAUAUCGUCACUACGACUUUGCUUAAGGAAGCCGCCACGAUACGCCGCCUGCUAUUCCAGAAUUCUUCCGAGCGCCUCUAUGCGAGGGCGUCGUUACUAGAGCAUAAUAUCUGCGCAGUCCGGCUUGCCUUACCCGCUCGCUUCCUUGACGAAGGCAGAAACGUGUUAGAGCACGAAUCAAGACUCGCGCACCAGUCGCGGCUCAUAUGUCUGAUUCAACUUCAUGCAGCUCGCCUUAUCUUGUGCGUCUCCGGUUGUUCUGAGCAGGAUGAGGAGGAAUGGUCACGUCGCUGGCGGCAGUCUCUACAAUACUGCGAAGAUGUUGUAUCAAGCGUUGUCCAAUGGGAUGCAUCGCUCUGCACGUCCGUUGAUCCUGCUAUUUGCUUUAUCAUAUACGCCGUUUUGGUCGUUUUGCAUUUACAUGCGAUUGACGAAUCGGUUGACAUCGGUUUGCUACCGAAACUCGAGGCUUAUAAGAGUAUUCUUAUACUUUUCGUACGACAAUUUGCCUCGGUCUGGAAACUCCCUAAACUUUUGAUCUUGUCAUUUGAGAGCCUGUCCCAUAUGUUACCCGGCCCCGUGUCCUCCGGCACAGUUCGCCCAAUCAUCAAUCAGUUACACGGAACGCAACAUCAGGCUUGGCUAGGUUUUCUUCCUCUUCCCCUCGAGUUCAGAGAAAUCAAGAACGUAAAUGAAUCUGAAGAUCUGUUGGCAGAGGCUCCGGGGUUCUAUAACUGGGUUUAAAAGACGCUUUACAUCAAUUUGAUGAUACCAGCAUGGCGAUACACAGCGAGGAUUCUGAAUCGGCGCCAGUCAAUAACCCUCAAGCUGUCUAAUAAUUUUAUCUAGGAUGAACAAUUAAGAUUCAACCACAGUUCUCAGACAAUGCAGGGACUAUUUUCGUCGUG